AUGAGCAGUAGCAGCAACCAUGAGUCCUCGACGGGAGCAGAAGGUCUAUCCCGAACGCUACUCGACGAGAUUGGAGACAGCGACAGCGCUGGCAGCAGCAGUAGCAGCGAUGGUUCGAGCUCGUAUCAGCAAGUGAGUUUGACCGUCUUGAAUGCACUAGCGGAGAAGGGAGUCUCUCUGGUCAACGUCGUCCACCGCGAGUUUCAACGACAAGUUCUUCCUCUGCUGCAAUCUGCCAUGCGGGACUGGCAAUCCGGGAUUCAAGCCGAAUGGGAAAGGUAUCUAGCCAGAGGCAACUCUACCACCAGGUUCAUACUGACGGUCCUUUGCGUAUUCGUCGUCGCCUUUCAUGUCGAACUACUCCAACUAGCUAGAUACUGCUUGCAAAAGGGAGGGCUCCUGGAACGGUGGAAACUAGCCUUAACCCUAUACUGGCAACAAGUCAAGCGACAGCGAAGGAGGUCACGGAGAAUACGGCAGUCCAAGAAACUAUCCGUGCUCAGCAAUGCUAGUGGAACAACAUCGGGGACAUCCACGCUACUAGCACAGCAGCCUGAACGACUCAUGACCAGUUCUGCCCUACCCAACAAGCUAUCAUCACCCACUAGUACGGCUUCUACUGUGGAAGAUUCAGGUCUACAUUCCUCCAGGCCACUCACGCCUCCUCCCAGUGACACUACCAACAGCAAAAACACUAGAUCCUACCAAAACUCACGUGGGCGACAACAACAACAACUCCUCAAUGACAGCUCCAAUUCCAGUAGUGUGCCCUAUUUGCAAGUCAUGCACAAGGCCAAUAGCCAUAACAACAGUCGAUCACGAUCCCCCAUGCGGAGUGUGUCCAUGGGACACGGACCAGCUGCCAGAGCCGCCAACCAAUCGGCAACGGCAUACCGAAGUAGAUCUCCCAUGCGCAGUGUUUCCAUGGGACAUGGGGUGGGAGCCAAAACACCCGGGAGUGUGUCUCCCACACCACGACGGCAAUCCCAUUCGUCACAUCCCUACACUCCCAGUAAUUACCGAUCCAGGGGUCCCGGAUCGAUUGACCGAGCAAGGGGUCCCGGAUCUGUGGGUCAUGGCUCGAUACGAUCCAUACGAUCCGGCAGUAGUCGUAGCAGCAACAACAAUUCACGCUUUCUACAGGAUUCAAAUGCCAGUUUUGAUGUACUGGGGACUGGACAACACAGCAGUGGAAGUAUCCGUGGAGCAGGAGGGUCCUCCAGCUUGUUGCAGAGCAUUAGUCAACAACCACAGAAUACAUCCACCUCCACCAUUGCCAGUAAGGAUACCAAGGAUACUACCACACAAUCACACUCCAAUUCGGUCACUAGCAGUUUCAGUUAUGCCACACCCAAAGAACAAGGGGCCAUUGUCAUGAACAAUAGCAGCGAAUACACCGCCACCACCAACAAUAAUACUACAUCGGACUUUGCAACCAGCAGCAGCCACCGAAUUUCAAGACGAUUGAAGCGACGAUCGGUACAUACUACCACUACGCCCUCCAAACAGAUGCCGCCCGAAUCGGCUCCCAGCGUACCCAUGCCGGCCGGUCUUCGACGCAGUCAAACGGUCGAUGGGGUUAACAGCGGGGGGAAGCAACGCUUCAAAAAGAAUCCAGCAGUCCCACAACCACAACGACGACGCAUGAGUGCGUCGGAAUCAGCAGGCGGAUCGGUACCAUCCACCCCCAAGUCGCAAUUCUCGGCCGCUGAUUCACGAUUGUUGUCAAGAUUGGGAGCCGUGGGGACGACGCCACAGCGCCAAAAAUCCAGUGGCACCAUGUCCUCGUCGCGACGAAAGGCGGGCAGCAAUGGAGGCAGUGGAGGGACGAGUAGUAGUACGCCCAAACCCACCAAGCAAAAGUCCCAACGACCAUCGAGGAGCCUGCCGAAUACACCCAAAACUACGCGAGGAAACUCGCCCGUUCCGACUCGAACACCAAACACCAGCCACAGACGACCCAUCCAGGAACCACUGUCCAGACAAGAAUUGGGGUAUGAAUAG